AUGACACUAGACGUCCUUGAGGUUGCCCGAGUCCCACCCGCAUACGACUUCGACUCGAUCUUCAACUCAACCAACUCGCUCACAAUCCCUUUGACUUUCUUCGACCUACCGUGGCUACUAUUCCACCCUAUCAAGCGAGUCUUCUUCUACAGACUCACAGAGUCGACUCCCGAGCAUUUCCACUCUUUUAUCCUCCCUAAGCUCAAGCUCUCUCUUUCCCUCGUCCUCUGCAAAUACCUCCCUCUCUGCGGCCGCAUCACCUGGGGCCCAAACGAGCCAAAACCAAACAUAGUCGUCUCUCAAAACGGCGCAGUUUCGUUAACCGUCGCAGAGACUGACGCUGAUUUCUCUCGUCUUUCCGGCUAUGGACAGCGUCCAGUCUCCGAGUUACACACUUUGCUACCGGAGCUACCGGUUUCCAAUGACUCAGCGACGGCUUUCUCUCUUCAAAUCACGUUGUUCCCAAACCAAGGAUUCUCCAUCGGCGUCGUAUCACACCACUCCGUUUUGGACGGAAAGUCGUCAAGCAUGUUCAUCAAAGCUUGGGCUCACUUGUGCAAACAGAACACAGUCUCUCUACCGGAGAGUCUAACUCCGUCUCUUGACCGGUCGUUGAUCAAAGACAUAACAGGACUCGAUGAAGAGAUACUCGAGCUCGUGAGAUCUCUGAAAGAGGACAAAACCAACAAGAGAAGCCUGAGUCCCAAUCCCGCCAGAACAAUCGCGGACGACGUCGUCUUGGCCACGUUAGUGCUGUCUCGCGAUGACGUCGAGAGACUCAAGGAGCAAGUCAAGAGCGAGUCACCAGAUCGGAGUAUCCACUUGUCGACUUUCGUCAUCGCGUACGCCUACGCGUGGACAUGCUGUGUGAAGGCACGUGGAGGAAACGGAGAGCGGCUCGUGAGUCUUCUUUUCGGAGGAGAUUUGAGAAAGCGGUUGGAUCCGCCGCUUCCGGCGACGUACUUCGGAAACUGCAUGUUUCCCACGGGUUGCUUCAUCCGCAAGGCAGCGGAUUUUGAGGAAGAUAGAGGGUUUGUAACAGCAGUCGAGAUUCUUAGUGAUUUGGUCAAAGGCUUGAGCGCACCAAAGGUAGAGACGAUCGCGAAAGAAUUCACGGUUGGAUUUGAUUCCUUGGCUGUGACCUCACAGUUCGGGUCAGUAUCCGGGUCGAACCAGUUGCAAAUAUACGAGUCGGAUUUCGGGUGGGGAAGACCCGUUAAGGUUGAUGUUGUCUCCAUUGAUCAAGGUGAGGCAUACUCAAUGGCAGAGAGGCGUGACGAAUCAGGUGGCAUGGAGAUCGGAAUGUGUCUGAAGAAGUCUGAAAUGGAUUUGGUCGUUUCUUUUUUCAAUAAUGGUUUACAAAAACUAAAAUCUUUGUUCUUGUGUGUAAAAUUUGAAUUUCUUACAAGGUAA